GUAGCUACUAAAACAAUUGGAUACCACGAAAUUGGGGAGAAAAAGGGGUAAAAUUCAAACAAACAAAAAAAGGUCAAGAUAUUAUCCCUAGAGUUGGUUUACUAGGAUCUAUUUCUUUAAAUAUGACUUUUUAGCUAAUCAGGUAGAACAAAAAUAAUGAGUUAGAGACCAAAACAGCAGUACUAGCAGAACACACGAGAAGACUGUUUACUAACCAAACCCGUAUGUCCAAGAUUUUGUGUCCAACAGGUGAAUUAAAGGAGAAGGUGAUUCACUCAAUCCAACCAGGAGACUGAGAAGAAUAGACUGGAAGCAGCCCUGAUGGGAAGGCCCAUAAACCACCGCCUUUGCUAUUAGAAUAGCUGAGAGAGUCACUUGGGUCCACGUUACCCACUGCAAGAAGCUGGAACCAGGGCACUUUGCAUGCAGAUGAGCUGAGGAGAUGACUCUCUUGGAAAGCAGAAGCAGACACAAGGAGGGGCACGAGAUGAAGAGGAGGAUGAAGAGGAGGAAGAAGAGAAAGACGAGGAGGAGAGGGUAUAACCAGGUAUAACCACAACAUGACCAUACAAGUAUGCUACUGUAUGACACCCCCAUUGGCCCAUGGUCUGACUGUAGACCCACAGCCUGUGACUAUGUGCUGGGCCAUCGUGACAGUGACAGUGACUCCCAAGGUGGAGGUGAUCAAGGGAGAGUCAGCCAGUCUGCCCUGCACCUUCAAAAUCCCUCCCUCCCCGAACAACAUCGUGGAGUGGUUCAUUGAGGAGGGUGGCACCAGGAAGCGUGUUGCGUUCCGCUCCGUGUCGGGCGGCGAGGGGAAGAGUGAUGAGGGGACACGUCUGUCCGACAGAGUGACCAUGGGAAGGGACUUCUCUCUGACCAUCUCCCCUGUGACGGUGGAGGACCAGCUGCCCUUCUACUGCCAGGUCACUGCUGGCCCUGCCGGGGUUGGAGAGGCCAUCACACAGCUCAAAGUCUUCUUCGCUCCAGAGAUGCCAGAGGUCACUGGAUCCAACCAGGCCAUAUCUGUUGGUGACUCCUCCACACAGGUUGGUUUCAACUAUUUGUCCUGUAAACUUCCAUUGUCCUCCAAUGUUCUCCAUUGUCCUCUAAUGGUCUUCCAUUGUCUUCCAAUGUUCUUCCAUUGUCCUCCAAUGUUCUCCAUUGUCCUCCAAUGUUCUUCCAUUGUCUUCCAAUGUUCUUCCAUUGUCUUCCAAUGUUCUUCCAUUGUCCUCCAAUGUUCUUCCAUUGUCUUCCAAUGUUCUUCCAUUGUCCUCCAAUGUUCUUCCAUUGUCUUCCAAUGUUCUUCCAUUGUCCUCCAAUGUUCUCCAUUGUCUUCCAAUGUUCUUCCAUUGUCCUCUAAUGGUCUUCCAUUGUCUUCCAAUGUUCUUCUAUUGUCCUCCAAUGUUCUCCAUUGUCAUCCAAUGUUCUUCCAUUGACCUCUAAUGGUCUUCCAUUGUCCUCCAAUGUUCUCCAUUGUACUCCAAUGUUCUUCCAUUGUCCUCCAAUGUUCUCCAUUGUCCUCCAAUGUUCUUCCAUUGUCUUCCAAUGUUCUUCCAUUGUCUUCCAAUGUUCUUCCAU